AAAAAAUCAAACUUCUUCUCCUUCACCACUCCUCUGGUCCAGAGAAAUAAAUAAACACAUGUCGACCAUGGUCGCUCUCGGACCUCUCGUCCACCAUCAAAUCCCCAGCCUCCCUACAUUAUUUACCAAAACGCCCCUCACAUCUUCUCUGAAUUACCCUCACAGGGCCCCGCUCUCCGUUCCCACCACUUCCGUUAGUUUCAAAUCUUCUUCUUACAGGCCUGUCGUAACCGCACGAGCUACGGAAACCGAUGCAACAACACGAACUCAAACUGAUCAGCUUGCUGACGUUGUUUUUACGGAUACUUUUCCGGUUAGGCGAGCUCAAAAGGUAGAAGGAAAGUUAAUAAUCAAACUAGAUAAAGGCAACAGUGAAGGGAAAUGGGAGCUUAUGGUAGGAUGUACUCUUCCAGGAAAAUGGAUUCUUCAUUGGGGAGUUAAUUAUGUGGAUGACACGGGCAGUGAGUGGGAUCAACCUCCCAUUGAGAUGAGACCCCCGGAUUCCAUUCCUGUCAAGGACUAUGCCAUUGAGACACCUUUGAAGAUAUCGUCCAAGGAAAAGGAAGUAGAAAAUCUACAAACGGUGAAGAUUGGAUUUGAUAGUAAGAGUUUAAUUGCAGCUAUAAAUUUUGUGCUAAAGGAUGAGGAAACUGGAGCUUGGUAUCAGCACAAAGGAAGAGACUUUAAGAUCUCUGUUAUUGACUGCCUUCCGGGUAACAGAGAAACUAUAGGAUCUAAAAAAGGUUCCAAAAAAUGGCCAGGGGCAUUGGGCCAGCUCUCUAGCAUGAUCCUACAAUCGGAAGGAGUUGAUUCCGAUGGUGUAAAGAGCUCUAAUGACCCGAAGGGAACUAGUCCGAGGAGUUCCCUUAAAAGUUUCUGCGAAGAACAUCCAAUUGUUAAAGAAACAUUAUUUGAUAAUGCGGUGAAAGUUUCUGUCAGUACAUGUCCAGAGACAGCCAAGAAACUUCUUUACAUGGAAACGGAUCUCCCAGGUGAUAUUGUUGUUCACUGGGGAGUUUGCAAAGAUGAGAGUAAAAAAUGGGAAAUCCCAGCUGAGCCACAUCCAGUCAAAACAACAAAUUUCAAGAACAAGGCCCUUCGGACUAUCUUGCAGCGAAAAGGCGAGGAAGGUGCUGGCGGCUUAUUUACUAUGGAACAAGGAUUAGUAGGAUUUCUUUUUGUCUUGAAGUUAAAUGAUGACACAUGGUUAAACUGUAUGGGAAACGACUUCUAUGUACCCCUUUCAACUUCAAGUGACCUGGAGAAACUCUCUGUAAAGAAUCAAUCCGAAGAUUCAAUCCAAAAGGUUUUAACUGAAACUGUAGAAUCAGACUCUUCACCCAUAUCUAAAAAAGAUGGAUUGUCUGAUCCGACAAUCUCAGAAUACACUGAUGAAAUCAUAAAUGAAAUCAGAAGUUUGGUUACUGGAAUUUCUUCCGAAAAGAAACGGAAAACUAAAAGCAAAGAAACUCAAGAAACCAUUCUUCAAGAAAUCGAAAAGCUGGCUGCAGAAGCUUACAGUAUAUUCAGAAGUCCUAUUCCAGCUUUUACAGAGAGUGAUGUCAUCGAGAAAAUAGAACCAGAAGCACCUGUAAAAAUAUGUUCAGGAACUGGUUCAGGUUUCGAAAUUUUAUGUCAGGGAUUCAACUGGGAGUCCAACAAAUCUGGAAGAUGGUACAUGGAACUACAAGAAAAAGCUGCCGAAUUAGCAUCCCUCGGCUUUACAGUUGUUUGGUUACCACCGCCAACAGAGUCCAUCUCACCUGAAGGCUACAUGCCGAAAGAUUUAUACAACUUAAAUUCCAGGUAUGGUACUGUUGAUGAAUUGAAGAUUCUUAUUGAAAAAUUUCAUGAAUUUGACAUCAAAGUUCUUGGGGACGCUGUUUUAAAUCACCGUUGUGCACAUCAUCAGAAUCAGAAUGGAGUUUGGAAUAUAUUUGGUGGGCGUUUAAAUUGGGAUGAUCGGGCUGUUGUUGCUGAUGAUCCACAUUUCCAGGGAAGGGGAAACAAAAGUAGUGGGGAUAACUUCCACGCUGCUCCAAAUAUCGACCACUCACAAGAUUUUGUGAGAAAGGAUCUCAAAGAGUGGUUGUGUUGGCUCAGGAAAGACAUAGGAUAUGAUGGAUGGAGACUUGACUAUGUUAGGGGAUUUUGGGGUGGAUAUGUGAAAGACUACAUGGAGGUUACUGAGCCAUACUUUGCUGUAGGUGAGUAUUGGGAUUCACUAAGUUACUCAUAUGGUGAGAUGGAUCACAACCAAGAUGCACACCGGCAGAGAAUUAUUGACUGGAUUAAUGCUACAAGUGGGACUGCUGGUGCAUUUGAUGUUACGACAAAAGGAAUUCUUCAUGCUGCACUUGAAAGAUGUGAGUACUGGCGGUUAUCUGACGAGAAGGGAAAACCUCCAGGGGUUGUUGGCUGGUGGCCUUCUCGUGCAGUUACUUUUAUAGAGAAUCAUGAUACUGGUUCCACACAGGGUCAUUGGAGAUUUCCAGGUGGAAGAGAGAUGCAAGGUUACGCUUACAUAUUGACUCACCCUGGGACACCAUCAGUUUUCUAUGAUCACAUUUUUUCUCACCUUAACUCGGAAAUAUCAGCACUCAUUUCGAUCAGAACUAGAAAUAAGAUCAACUGCCGAAGUACAGUUAACAUCACCAAAGCAGAAAGGGAUGUUUAUGCAGCAAUAAUUGAUGAGAAAGUGGCCGUGAAGAUUGGACCAGGUCAUUAUGAGCCUCAACAUCAACAUGGGAACCAGAACUGGUCUUUAGCCAGGGAAGGAAGAGAUUACAAGGUCUGGGAAGCAUCAUAAACUAUAUACAGCAUUAUUUUGCCUUUGAACCAUAUAAAGUUUAUGGAUGACAAUUUGCAUUUGGAGAUACCAAAUUAUCAACAAUACUGAAUAUAAAUUCUUGAAGAGGAAUUCAAGAAUUUACUUCAAGAAUUUAGCGCAACUUAUUUCAAGCCUUGCCAGCUACUGGUGCUCGUAUUAUAUAGCCACUGAGGAGUCAAUCAAAAUUUUCUUUAAUUAAGAUAGAGUUGAUGAAUAUAAAUAAAACACAGGUCUUGUAUUGUGUGAACUUGCGUCCGUGCAUCUAUGUAGAACUUGUAUUCUUGUUACACAUAGAAGUACAGUUUACGAAAAGACAUGUAAACCUAGAAAUAAUUCCUGCUAGUCCAGUGCAUCAAGCAAUGUAAAACUGUAAAUUACUAAAGGCGAGGCUUUCAUUUUA